CAUCAACUUUAGCAUCGCCCUAAUUUAAUUAUGCACAAAGUCACAAACACCCUGCGCGUUACCAUGGCCAGACGAACCCAAACGGCCAAACCCCAAACUUGGCAGAAUCCCAAAAUUAACUGCACCACCACCUCUCUUUGCGCGCCUCUCCCCACCACCGCGACCGCCGCCGGCCGCCAGCAAUGCCUCCCCCUCCGCCGCCGUCCACCGGCAGGGGGCGGUGCGUCCUCAGCAUCGCGGCGGCGCGGGACCGCUGCUUCAGCCGCCGCUUCCUCAAGGCCGGUCUGCGCCCGCACGUGCCGAUCCCCGCCGGCCCGGACCCCGACCCCGCCACCACCGUCCACAUGUGCGUGCCUGCCAGGCCCCCGCGCAACCCGCUCCUCCUCCUCCACGGCUUUGGCGCCUCCUCCACCUGGCAGUGGGCGCCGUACCUCCGCCCGCUCAUCGGCGCAGGGUUCGACACCAUCGUCCUGGACCUCGUCUUCUUCGGCGCCUCCUGCACGCGUCUCCCCGAUCGAUCCGACACCUUCCAGGCCCGCACGAUCAAGGCGGUCAUGCAGGCCAUCGGGGUGAGCAGGUUCGGGCUGGUCGGGGUCAGCUACGGGGGCUUCAUGGGGUACCGGAUGGCGGCCAUGUACCCGGAGGCGGUGGGGAGGGUGGCGAUGGUCUGCGCGGGGGUGUGCCUCGAGGAGAAGGACCGCGAGGGACUGUUCCCGGUGGCCGGCGUCGGGGAGGCGGCGGCGCUGUUCGUGCCGCGGCUGCCGUUCAUCAUGCCGUCCUGCUUCCUCUGGGACUACAUGAAGGUGAUAGGCUCUGAUCAUAUCCAGGAGAAGACUGAACUACUAUUCGCUUUGAUUAGUGGGAGACAACUUUCAAAUCUUCCAAAACUAAGUCAGCCGACACUUAUAAUUUGGGGGGAGCAAGAUCGGGUGUUCCCAAUGGAGCUGGCUCACAGAUUGAUUCGGCGUGUGGAGGGGAAUUCUCGAUUAGUUGUCAUAAAAAAUGCUGGACAUGCAGUCAAUCUUGAGAAGCCCAAAGAGGUGUGCAGGAACAUCAUUGGGUUUUUCAAAGAGCCAGUUGCCGAAGCUUCAAACGGGGACAAGGUGUAGCGUCGCCGACGGCUGACAGGUCUUCGCUGGGCAUCUGCAGAUCGCUCGUGGCACGCAAACCACGAGAGACAUGAAACAUCUCUCGGCGAUUAUCUGAUGUAUCAGAUUCAUUUGCAAUAGCGAUUCACAAGCAUCUAACGGAAAAGCUGUUCAACCAAAAAAUGACUGGUACCGGUGUGACCCCUGUGUUAUGCCCGUUUUCGCACGCCUGUCGCUUCCAUCACCGGCUGCAUGGCGCAGAAGUUUGGGUGUGUUUGGUUGCUUGCAUAUACCUCAGUCUGGCUCAGGGAUAGUAGGUGUUUGGUUGUCUACAUGCUACCUGAGCUUGGUUUUCACGAUAUAAAUGCAUGCACUCAGUCUCAUUCUGCAUAUGUGGAAUUUAGGCAUUUUCGUAGAGCUAAGCUCGUUAGAUGCAGUUUGGUGUCCAGUUAAUGAUGUUAUUAGUGUAUGUAUUAAGUGAUAUUAAUGUAUUUCGAAGAAUAUUGAAGUUUAAUAAGAUAAACUAAUGACUAUAACAGUACAAUGACAUGGUAACACUUGUUUGUGCAAUUUUAUCUUAUGCAGUAUGUCUUCGUACUAGCAACUAAAC